GAUUCUUUGUGAUUCGAUCUGUGCUGCUGUCAAUGAUUUACUGCAGCAUUUCGGAGCCUGGUGGGCUCCAUGCUCCUUCCAGCAGUGCUGAAAACUCCAAAGCUUUGGUUUGCUGAUCUGUAGCAAGCAUUUCCACAUGGCAGAGCAAUGUGGGGGAGGCUGGCCCAGCUCUGUGCCUUGAUCCUGUCUGUGUUUUCACUGGCUCCAGCACCAGCCCAGGUCUCGGCGUGCGGGGAGCUCCAGGCAUUGCCUUCCCACAGAAGAAGCAGCAGAGAUGUUAAUUCUCCAGCUCCUGUUGACUGCCAGCUGAGCCAGUGGUCAGGAUGGACUGAUUGCUUCCCUUGCCAAGAGAAAAAACACCGGCACCGGCGGCUGCUGCAGCCAGCGCAGCUGGGAGGGCAGCGCUGCGCCGGGCACCUCUGGGAUCAGCAAGCCUGUCCAGCUGAGACACCGUGCACAGGGCCACCAGGCUGUGGGCAGGACUUCCAGUGUGAGGAAACAGGGCGCUGCAUCAAACGGCAUCUCGUGUGCAACGGAGACAGAGACUGCAGAGAUGGGUCUGAUGAGGAGAACUGUGAGGAUGAAGAUAUUGAAAGCCCUUGUGAACAUCUGUUCCCCAUCCCAGGGGUGGAAAAAGCAGUCCAAGGGUACAACAUCCUGACGGAGGAAGGGAGGCAGAACAUCUACGACCCCGGGUUUUUCGGGGGGCUCUGUGAGUACGUGUACAACGGGGAGUGGAGGGAGCUGCAGUACGACGCCGCCUGCGAGCGCCUGCACCACGGCGGCGACGAGAAGUAUUUCCGCAAGCCCUACAACUUCCACCUCUUCCAGUUCCUGGCUCACGCUGACUCUGGGUUUGCUUUUGAGUUUUAUGACGAUUCAAAGGACCUGCUUGACGCCCUUAAAAGUGAUAAAUCCAAAACAACAGGCUUCACUGUUGGAAUUGGGCCUGGAGGUGGAGAGCUCAUGUUCAACCUGGGCCUCAUUUUAUCAGGUGGCAAAGGAUCCCUGAAGAAUUUCACACAGUAUGAUGCAAAGGACGUUGGAUUCAUCAGGGCUGUGACCAAGGUGCAGACAGCCCGCUUCAAGAUGAGAAGGGACAACAUUGUUUUGGAUGAAGAUGUGCUGCUGUCCCUGCAGGACCUGCCAGACACCUACAACUAUGGCAUGUAUGCCAAAUUCAUCAACGACUAUGGCACCCACUUCAUGACCUCUGGCACCAUGGGGGGUGUCUUUGAGUACAUCCUCGUCAUCAACAAGGAGGAAAUGCGAAGGAAAGCCAUCAGCAGUGAGGAGAUCAGUGCCUGUGUUGGCCUGUCCCUUGGCAUUACAUUCAGCAAGGACACACUGAACCUGGGUGGAACCCUGACACACUCUGACUGCAAAAAAAAAGGAUUCCUGGAAACUGAUGCUGAGAGCCACGGUGCAGUUGUGGAAGAUAUUAUUCCUCGGAUUAGAGGGGGAGAUACCACUUACAGUGCAGGGCUCCUGAACAGCUGGGAUGGCAAAAUGUAUCGUCACUGGGGCAGGUCAUUAAAAUAUAAUCCUGCAGUUAUUGAUUUCCAGCUGCAGCCCAUCCACGAGAUCCUGGGCAGGAGUGGCCUGGGCAGCCUGGAGAGCAAGAGGCAGCACCUGAGGAGGGCUCUGGGUGAGUUCCUGCAGGAGUUCAGCCCCUGCCGCUGCAGCCCGUGCCACAACAACGGGGAGCCCGUCCUGCUGGGUGACACCUGCUCCUGCCACUGCCCCCCUGGCCACAGGGGCCCUGCCUGCGAGCAGGGACAGCGCCCAGGUGGAGAGGUGGACGGGCGCUGGAGCUGCUGGUCGGGCUGGUCCCCGUGCCAGGCGCGGACGUCGCGGCGCAGCCGGCACUGCUCCAACCCUGCCCCACGCCACGGUGGGCAGCCCUGUGCUGGGAGAGACCUGCAGAGCAGAGCCUGCUGAACGCCCCAGCUGCCUGGGAUGGGCUGCUGGGAGCCUGGCCUGGGCUGUGGGUGCUCCAGGAGAGAGAUGGAAUUACCCGCCGGGAGAAAUAAUCCACCGGCGAUGCGCUUCUGCACGCGCCGCACCCACUGUGUAAAACCUGAGCAACUGCUCCCAAACUCAGCGAGAUUCCAGGGAUUUCCAGGGGGAAAACUGGGGGAAAGCUGGCAAACACUGGGAAAAAAAAAUAUGGGGGGGAUCUGACUCUAAAUGGCUGAAAAAACCCAAAAAAAUUGCACUAAAAAUGGCCUUGGGAGUCCUAAAAUCUGUACUGAAACACCCAAAAUCUGCACUAAGAUGUCAAAAAAUGGCCCUAAACCUGGUGAGGGAUUUCUGGAGGGGAAACCCAGAAAAAGGCUGGGGAAAAAAAUAUAGGGGAAAUCUGACUUUAAAUGGCCCAAAAUCCGCCCUAAAAUCACACCAAAAAUGGUCAAAAAAGUCCUAAAAUCUGCACUAAAAAACCUAAAAAUGGUCCCAAAACCCAGUGAGAUUCCAGCGAUUUCUGAAGAUAAAAACAAGGAAAAAAAACCUGGAGAAAAUCACAUUUAAUGUCAAAAACUCCCCCAAAAUCAUAAUAAAAAUGGCCAUAUAAGUUCUAAAUUCUGCACUAAAAAAAAAUAAAAAAUUGUCCCAAAAUCCAUCAAGAUUCCAGGGAUUUCUGAGGAAAAAAACAGGAAAAAGGCUGGGGAAAAAAUCCAGAGAAAAUCACAUUUAAUGGCCAAAACCUCUCAAAAUCAUACUAAAAAUGGCCAUAAAAAUCCUAAAAUCUGCACUAAAAAAUCCAAAAAUGGUCCCAAAAUCCAGCAAGAUUCCAGCGAUUUCUGAGGAAAAAAAAAGGAAAAAGGCUGGGAAAAAAAUCCGGAGAAAAUCACAUUUAAAAGCCAAAACCCCCCAAAAUCAUACUAAAAAUGGCCAUAUAAGUCCUAAAAUCUGCACUAAACCACCAAAAAUCGAUUCCACGGAUUUCUGGGAAAAAUAUUGGGAAAGAAAUCCUUAAAAAUCCACAUUAAAAUAUAUAUUAAAAAAAAAAAAAAAAGUCCCCCAAAAAAGUCCUAAAAUUGGUCACUGGAUCAAUGGUGGUUUUGCCCCAGCAGAUGUGAUGGGAGCCCCAGCAGUGCCCAGCAUUGCAGCCCCCAAAAGGUGGUGGAGCUGCUGGGUGACCACAGGGCUCCCAUCCCUGUGUCAUGAAAUAAAUUCACUGUCAGCAUUUCCAUAACUGAGCUUGACUCUCAGAGAGUUUUUCUCUUUCCCUUUGGGAAGAACAGGAAAAAGCUCACGAUCUAUGCAGUUGGUAUUGACAUAUGUACCAGGAAACUUUUGUAAGUUGGCACUGUCAGAUUUUUAAGUCCAGCAUAUUGGCCAGGGCUGCAUUUGCAGCAAAGCCAUAUGCUGCUCUGCAUGGAGAAGGCCUCAGCAUCCUUGCAAAAUGUUAGCCCAAGCUGAUGAGGAAUUUAAAAUAAAUAAAUGAAGCAAUAAAUAGAGAGGCUUGGGCAGAGGAUGUUCCCACACAAGCAAAGGCUUUUGCUCUGUAGGAUCAGUGAUGAAUUGACUAUUAGCACGCAGGCAUUUUAUCUCCCAGGCACACAGAGCCUGAGAAGAUGCUAACAGGCUGCUUGAUUUAAGGGGCUUUUUUGAAUGUGGGAUGUAAAUCUCAGCAGAAGAAUGCACACAGUAUUGAACUGUGCCCAGAGACCACGGCCAGAGCCUGCAGCUCCCUCUUCUUAAUGAACUGCCACAAAAACCUGGGAUGGACAGGAGGAAAAUGGCACUUCAUUUUACUGAGCUCUCCAUUGCAGGGGGAGAAGGGGGGGAAAAAAAAGCCCUGAGAAGGAAUCAGGCAUUACAAACAACAACAGCACCAAAACCUCAAAGCACAAAGCAGCCCUUCUGUGGACAUUUGAAUGGAGAGAGGGAGUAGAAAGGGAUGGUGGUUUAGUGAAAGAAAUUGCUCAGGUGCUUGGAAAUGCUUGUUUUUCAACUGUGUGUCAGUGGGGAUUUACAGGCUGACACUCAGCUGAUGUAAAUCAGUGUUGCUCCUUCACUGCAGCUGAUUUAUGGCACCUGAAGACCUGGCCCCAUAUUUUCUUUUGUGGGCAUGUUUGCCAAAGGCCAAUUCUUUCACCACUUUUUUAUUGUUUGUAAAUGAAACUACAGGCUGAAAACAACAAGCCAUGAUGUCAGAAACCCUGAGAUGGAUUGCUGUGUGAAAAAUCCCUUUGCUGGGGGGCAAAGCUGUGCCCUUUUGGGCCAACUUUGCUAUUCCAGGGGAAGGAACUGCUCACCCAGAGAGGAAUUUGCUCCCAAGGGCUUGAAUUUGAUGUUUUCUGUGUUAGGAAAUGCAGCAGCAUGAAGCAGCCAUGGAUCAGUGUGACUUAGACAUGCAAAGGAAAGUGAAAUGUGGGAUCACAACAGGUGAUUUAAUGAAUGCUGUUUGGCAUUGGGCUGCCAGGUUUUGGGGAGCCUGAAGCUCUUUCAUCAAGGACCAGUUUGGCUCACAAGCAAUUCUUACCUUUACAUCAACUUCUUAGGAAAAUGCCUGCAAGUAAAUGAGAACAAAAU